AGCCUACUCAAAUGCUCAAUUUCUACGGAGGAGCAGUGCGCAUCGCACCAGGGUUCGUGAAGGAAAGGAGGCGCCAAGGAAAAGUAGCAGUGGGAAUUCGGUCCGUUUUGUGAGGGGGCGGUCGCAUGUAGCGUAAAUUUUGGUCUAAGGCUUUUGAAAAUGCCUAUUUCCCUGCAGUAACAAACGACAACGAUAUAGGCUAUAGAAACUUACUGAAUAAGAGACGGAGCACAUAUUAGACUGCGAGCAACAGAACCACGCACAUCCUUGAUCCUUCCGUUUUGGAUUUAAACUACAGGCAAAUUAAAUUGCUUGACGGAUAUCACAAUAUUUUAAAGCUAUAUGAGGGAACAAACCAAACGAUACUGUAUCGACAUGUGUCGGGGGACAAUGAAUACAACCGAAGAAUACGGCAUCAAAGUGUUCCGAUAGGGCACUGGACCGAGCCGCACCAUGAAGACCCAGAAGGCCGGGGACCCCGGGGGCCAGACACCAAGCUCUCCUUCCCCACGCCAACGGAUGUCUGGUUUCAGCCUGCGGGGUCGGAAGAAGGAGGGCCUGAUCCGCGGCGAGCUGCGCAUCCACUCCAUGCCAGGAGCCUUCCUGGUGCUAGGGGUCAUCGUGGUGGUGGUGGGCACGGCCCUGGCAGUGGCUGGGUACUGGCCCUACCGGACCCAGCGUUCCCAGCUGCUAGGAGUUGGACAACAAGGCUCUGGUUCUGUAGAUGGGGCAGGAGGAGUUAGAGGUAGGGGUGUCUCUGAACCCCAGUCAUCCGGUUGGAACCUGGGGGCUAAGAGCCUCCUGACCACGGCCAGUCUGAUCCACAGUGAACGGAUGAAGCUCCUGGGACCAGUCAUCAUGGGCGUGGGGCUGUUCAUACUCAUCUGUGCCAACACGGUGCUGUAUGAGAACCGCGACAGGGAGACCCAGAUGCUGCUGGCCCAAAUGCGAAGCGUCAUCUGCUCAGUGUCGGCGGCCGUGCCCUCGGCCGAUCUCUCAGACAUGUCAGCAGCCAACUCCAUGGCCAGACACUACCAGUGGGUGAGCAGUCUGCCUGCCACCCACCUUAACAUCCUCUAUCUGCAGCAGCUGGCCAGCUCAGAGCCCCUGCUGCAGACGACCAGAGACAGCAGAGAGGAGGAGGAGAGGGCAACUGACUGUAUGUACCAGCAGGCCACCGUACAGACGGAGGCUCUACACCACCAGGACUCAGCCUCUACCCCUUCCCUCCACUCCUCCCACUCCAACUCAUGCAACUCCAGCAAGAUGGGCUUCAACACGGGGAGGGACGGUGGUGGUGGUGGGCCAAGGGUAGGGGGCUUCAGCCCGGACCCCCAGCCCGCUCACCUCUUUAAGCUCAACAACUGUCUGGUGUCAGCCAGCUCCCUGUCCACUCUGGGAGUCGACGACUGGGAGAGGUCGGAGGUCACAGCCACGCUGCCCAGGCGCUCCCACAGUCUGAGCUACAGGACUAACCCAGGCCCUCAUGGGCCGCAGACUGUAAAAUGCCAACAGGAAGGGGCCAUACGACCCUGGGGACCUGGGGCAGACCCAGAGGGAGUGCGGAGUGAGCCCAGCUCAGACGUGUAUGUGAACAUGGUUGGGUGUGGAGGUGUGGAGCCCCCGGAGCUCACCCCCGUAGAGGAGCAGAGGCACCGCAGCUGGCCCCGGUUAGACCUGGGCUGUGCCCGCAGGUACCUGAAGCUGGACAAUAAGGAGGACUCGGUGGACAGACUACUAGACCAGUUGGAGCAGCAGUGUUCUCAGUGGGAUAACAGUUUCGGCUCAGGGCCUUUCCAGUGAGAGCCAGUAAAGGUCCCGUAUCAGGGUCCUCUGUCUGUUUUUUAAAAGCAGCUUAUGAAGAAAGAUCCUUGUGGAUGCUGAUAUAUCCACAACUAGGAGUAGGAGCUUUUUCCAUUGGAUCAUAACACUGUUUUCACUGACUCCUGAAACCGAGAAGGGAGGCCAUAACAGAAACCGUCCCAAGUGAAAUCCAGUUGAUGUAUGGAGCGGAUUUCCUCUCUCUCGGGAAACACAGUACAGUGUUGAGCGGCUCCCAAAUCUGAAGAGACAAACCUUUAGAAACCUUGUUUCUCGGACUUGCCAUGGCGUGGAUAUAUAAACACAAGUGUUGGAGGACUGCAGAUGAAUUGGAUCAGCUUGGCAGACAUCAUUAUUUAAGAGGGGAACAAUACACAUACUGUCAAAUAUGAGUUUGAAAGAUUUGCCAGUCUGUUUACUGGGUGGCAGUUAGGCUUGGCACUUGGUAGUAAUGUGGAGGAAUCAAUUUGUCUUUCAUUGCCAAAGCGCUGCUUGUUUUCAGGACACAGCAAGCACAUCCGAAUGUGGGAGGUAGAACCCCAUUCUAAUGAGGGACCGUCUACACUUUGCAAUCAAUUUAAAAACCAAACAACUGUAACCUGGUGAGCGCAAGAUGUGCUAAUGACAACACCUAGUCAAAUAAAAUAUAUGUCCGUAGAAGACCAAAACAGGUGCAUGAUGAUAGAGAUGUCAUGUGUAAUCUACAUCUACAUAGUUAUGCAGAAUAAUGGUUGUGUAUUGGCUGUGUAUCAGAACAAGAGAGAGUCAAUAAUAGGUUGGUUAACACUUUAUUUAAAUGGUACGUACAUAAGGACUUCAUAACACAUGAAUAAACAGUACAUAAGCAUGUAUUAAGUAUUAUGUAUGGCUUAUGAAUGUGUAAUAAAUCCCUUAUGUAGGUACCCUUCAACUACUAUGUUGUCCGUUUACUGUAGUUCUAUUGGUUAUUACCGAGGUUGUGUACCAAAUGACACCCUACUUCCUAUAUAGCGCACUACUUUAGACCAGAGCCCUAUUCCCUAUAUAGUGCACUACUUUA